AUGCAAGGAAACUGGAUCAGUGGAGCAACUGAUAAGGAAAACAAGCUAACAAAUAAUGUAACUGCACAGCUGUCUAUGCAGCAGAGACUAUACAAUUUCGAAAAUCUUACGUCCAGUUAUGGUUUAUCGAAAAUGAUGUGGUCGAUGUCAGAAAUGGCGGAUACUGACCGUGCUCGUACUUUUUUACGAGGAAAAGCGUUUUCCUUACUGAUGAACGCUGUAGCUGAUGAAAUUGACCGAUUGAUUUAUAAAAGUAAUUUGAUGUUCAAUGGUACACCAACUGUAGCGCCAGAUACUCUCAUUGCUGUUCUGACACAGCAGCUUAAUCAUGCUACCAUUGAAGAUUCAGCUGUAUUAUCAAUAAGACCCAAUAUUGUGGCAAAUAACCAUCAUCAGGAACAAAAAGCUUCUGCAAAAGCAAUCAUUCAGCUUGCGCGUUGGUUGCAAAUGGAAUCUAGUUUGUUGCCGGUAGCUAUGAGCUAUUCGAUUCGUAUCGUUUUUCAUAUGUUUGGAGUUGAACAAUCUCGACUACCAGUACUUGGCCCAUCUGGCAUCAUUGACUCACUUGCUGGUGCUCUUUUGAGUACAUCAUGUAAGUUAUCACCACAUUUGGCGAAAGCUCACCUGGAACUGGGUAAUUGGGCAUUUAAAAGAGCAACUGAUGCUGACAAUGAAAUUAGAUUGUCAUUCAUCAAUGAAGAGUGUGACACAAUGAAAUGGCAAAUUAAGAACGCGUGCACAUCAGUAGAUGAUUCGGUUGUAGAAAAUCUGUUGCAAACAAUGCAGAAGUGUACUAGCUUAGCUGCAAUUUUACCGAAUUGCAAGGCUGUUGUAGGAAAUUCAAUUAACGAACAGACAUGCGAUUUGCUGUUUGGUCCGAGAAGCAUCGUUCAAGAAAUUUGGAAAGGAGCAAAUUCACGUCAUUUGGCUUUUUGUAAUUGUGCAGCACAUUCAUACUUCGCUUACAUUGCUGUAAAUGGGCGUGAAGCAAAAGAGGGAACAAUUGGAGUAGUGAUGGCAACUUUACGAAUUUUACAAUUAUUGGUAAAACAGUACGAUGCUUUGCAUCACUUAAUUCUCACUGAAAUGCUUCAAGUAAACGAAUUGAUGUGGAAAGAUAUUCUUCCACAGUUAUUUGCGAGGCUAAAUCAUCCAGUGCGUGCAGUGCGUGACACGCUUUGUACUAUACUGGAAAGAAUUGCAGCUACAUCACCACAUGCACUUUGCUAUCCGGCAAUAGUUGGUACUACUCAACCCAUUGUUAUUCACAACGAAUACGUUGACAAUGGUGAAGUGGAAAAAAAUGAUUUCGUUGAUGUUAUCGAUGAAGAGAAGAAGAAACGUGCUGAUCAGGAUCGAUCAUUAAUGUUUGAAUGUUGUCAACGUAUUGUAACUCGAAUGCAGGCGUUGUUUCCCGAUCUUGUCAAGGAUGUUACUGAAUUCGUUAAGGAAUUGCAAAGGAUUGACAUGUUACAUGAAGAACGUUGGACUUUUGUUUUAACAAAUUUGGAUCUCGAAAUGAAUCGUCGAAUUUUGCAAAUUGAGGAAGAAAUGAUGAAAACACUGAUGAAUACACAUUUAAGUGAUGAUGAAAAGAAGGACAUUAUUCACGAGAAGACAAUCAUAUUUACAUCUUUGGUUUACCGUAUUGUCGAGAACUUAUACGAAAAAACGUGCACCAGUGUACCUGUGACAAUAAAUGAAAAGCAAUUUCAAGAUGCAUACCUUGCGACUAUUGAAGAAGCUAUGAAAACUCUUCGACGGAAUAGAUCAGAACCACGCCAAGCCUGGGCUUCAUUCAAACUUUUAUUAACGCAGUUAAACCAGCGGGCAAACAGGCGAUCAUUCGUGUUUCUUCAAAUGGCUGAUAUUUCGCCACGUCUUACUGCAUUAAAUAAAACACAUGUGCCACUUCCUGGGCAAGAACAUAAGAAUUUCUGUGAUGUUGUAAUGCUGGAAAGAAUUAGCAAGCAGACAGUAAUACUACCAACUAAAACGCGACCGAGGAAAGUUGUGUUUCAUGGGUCAGAUGGGAAGGAUUAUCCUUUCCUUUUCAAAGGACAGGAAGAUUUACAUUUGGACGAACGCAUUAUGCAGUUAUUGCGUAUUUGUAACUUGAUGCUUUCGACAAAGGAAACUGAUUGGCCAUCUUAUAUAGCCGAAAAUUAUUCGGUCAUCCCUCUUGGCUCUCGUUCAGGCCUUAUCGAAUGGGUUGAAGGAGCGACGCCUAUCUUUCAAGUUUAUCGAAAAUGGCAGCUUCGUAAAGCAGCUGAAAAUAUGGCAAACCAGAAAAUAAAUGAGGUCGAAAGACCGAGUGCGUUAUUUUUCAGAAAACUCAGGGCAGCUUUCCAAGCUAACAAAAUCCCAAAAGAAUCCAUCACUGAUCGCCAAAAAUGGCCAUAUCCUGUGUUAAAAGGUGUUGUUGAAGAUUUAAUCGAAGAAACUCCUCGAGAUCUACUUUCACGGGAGUUCUGGCUUCGAGCUGGUAGUUCAGAUACAUGGUUCCGAGUCACUGAAAGGUUUGCUCGAUCAACAGCAGUUAUGUCGGUGUUAGGCAGUAUCCUGGGUCUGGGUGAUCGCCAUCUGGAUAAUGUUCUAGUUAAUUUUGAAUUUGGACAUGUGGUCCAUAUCGAUUAUAAUGUCUGCUUUGACAAAGGACGGAAUUUGCGCGUACCAGAAAUGGUACCAUUUCGUUUAACAGGAAAUAUUGUUCGAGCUCUUGGUCCUACUGAUAUUGAAGGGACUUUUCGGCUUUCCUCCGAAAAUGUGUUAAGGAAACUCCGUGCUGGGAAGGAAAUAUUACUGACGAUGCUGGAUGCAUUUGUUUACGACCCAUUAGUUGAUUGGGCUGCUGCACAAGAUGAUCUCGGUUCCAAGUCAAUGAUUGGUAUUGCGACAUUCAUUGCCGUAUACGGGGUAGUAGAUGGCCAUUCUGAUAUUUUGCAUGCAAUGACUCUGUCACUGUUGGCUCUUCGUGCCAGAGAACUCUCUUCUUCAUGGCUUGAUAACAGAAAUCAUCUUAUAUGUAUGCUAUCGUCCAUUAUAAGCAUACUAAAGAAAAUGUACGAAAAUACUCAAAAAGAUGCGGAAAGUCGACCUCAGAAUUGGGAAGACGAAAUAAAUAAACUGGAAGUGGAGAAACUAUCAAUUGAACGUGAUUUGAAAAAGGCAGUUGCAGAACAUCAUUCUAUGAUGCAUGAUAUACGUCCUCUGCUUCGUUCUUUCGCUCAUGCAAGUUUUGAUUUAAAAAAUGAAUCAUUUGCUAUUUACUUGCAACGAUACAAAGAAUUAUUCAGUGAACCACUGAUCAAAGGACUUAAGUUAUUGGAUGAUCCAUACAGUAAUUGUGCUGCAUGCAUCGAUCUUUUUUUGUCUGUUAUUGACAAUAUCCCAAGUAUCUACGACAAUUUAUUAUUGCUGGAAAAAAUGAAAGAAAGAGAAGAAUUGCCUCCCUGCAAUGGCAAGUCUUCACCAGUGGAACAUCAUAAAGGACAGCAGCAGCAGAAUUUACAUGGUAAGCAUGUUUCAAAAAGAAUACGGAUGAAAUUAGAAGGAAUGGUUACUCCUGGCAUCAAUAAAAACGAAAAUACAAAAAUUGAUGCAAACAUUGUAAGCGAACCGUUGACACCAUCAGAACAGAUUGACUUAUUAAUUCAACAAGCGACGGAUAUAAGUAAUUUGGCAUUGAUGUAUGAGGGGUGGACGGCAUGGGUGUAA